AUGGGUGAAGAUCAAAUUGACGUCAUUGUGUAUGUCGACGACAUCCUUAUCUUUGCGAAGACAAAUGAAGUUAUAGAAAGGAUUGCAAAAAGUCUUAUGAAACGUUUUCCUAUAACGGAUUUAGGAGUUAUAAAUCACCAUCUAGGAGUCCAACGCAAUGUAUACUUCGUUACUAACGACGGGCUAACAAAACCGGAAUUGGUAAACUCUGGAGUGGGACAAGGGCUCGUAUCAGCCCCCUUACUGUUCACACUCUAUACAGCAGAUGGCAACACAACUAUCAGAAUAUCCACCACAGCAAAAUUUCUGGACAUCAUCUUGAAUCAAAGACUGAGAUUCACUGAUUCAUUCCACUUAUCAAAGCAAUGUGCGGAACCAAAUGGGGGGGCUGAUUCAACAACUCUCCUCAAUAUCUACAGAGUAUUAAUUAGGACCAAGAUCUAA